UAACUCGACCCGACACGACAAAACCGUCAGACGCGUUGUAUUUCUUAUUUAAGGUUUCAAACCAGUUUUAAAACGAAGCAAAUUUCGCUGCCUCAGCUUCAAAACCGGUCUUUCCAUUCUGUCAUUUUUCAGCAAUCUGUGUAGCAGUGCAGAUUUUAAGGUUGCUGAUUAGCCAUGGUCAAUGCAACUAAAGGACUGUUCAUUUCCUGUGACAUUCCCAUGGCACAAUUCAUCAUCAAUUUGAAUGCUUCGAUGCCUGCAUCACAGAAGUUUAUUAUACAUGUCUUGGAUAGCACUCACUUUUUCGUGCAACCUGACGUCGCUGGGAUGAUACGAAGUGCCAUAUCUGAGUUCAGAGACCAGAAUUCCUACGAGAAACCGUCUUGAGUUUAAUAUCCCAUCGUCUUCCUGUUAUAUAUUUCUUCUUUAAUGGAGUUCAGAUAUGGAAAAAAAAUAAAAGAAAUUUCUAUGUAUGAAUAUGAACUAUUGCUGACUUCCCAUUUUCGUUUUUAUAUUAGGAUUUGGAUUUUCUAUUUAAAUAUAAGUUUGGCUAUUCCGACAUACUUUUUUGGCUUAAUCCCAAAUUAUGUUAUGAUGAUUAUUCUUU